AGUUUUAUGUGUGUAACAAUUGGUGCAAAACAAAAAGUGCAUUAACGGCACUUAGUACAUCCUACAUUCCAAUCAAUAUACAUAGUCAUUGGCAUUGUCAUGUUUCGCAGUGGCAGCAGCCUGGAAGGCAAUACACCAAUUGACAAUAUGUCGUCCUUCCGCGGUCUUGGCGGACUCAAUAUGUACUUGGACACGACCUCACACAACAUCUCGCCACCAGUCUCAUCAGCAACUCUGAGUCCCCCAACGACCCCACUGACACCGGAACCUAGUUUGUCGUCGACUCAAUUUCCCCUGCUGACGGACAGUAACCACGUAAACUUGAAUGCCUCUACUGCGGCCAGUACACUACUGAUGCAGCGUCAAUAUCAAUACCACCUGCUGCUGCAGCAGCAACAGCAACAACUUGCUUUUGCGCAGCAUCAGUUGGCAUUGGCCGCCUCCGCUGCUGCUGCGAAUCAUCACCAAGAGGACGAGAUAGCGCAUUCACUAAAAAUGUUUGCUUUUCUCACGGCCAGCAACGCAGACACUGGCAAUUGUUCUACACAGGAUGCGAUGCAGGAGUUUGCAGCUAAUGGCUAUGUGAGCGAUGAAUUUAAUCGUUUUCAGUACAAUAAUCAUAGUUCCGUUGCGCCGCAGUCGUCACAGUUGCCAAGCCAGGUUCCUAUUUCAUCGGCAGGUACUGGGAAUGCAACGGCUGAAGGUGCCACCUUCCCGUCUUCACUGGCUGCUGCCCAUUGGAUCAAUCUCAACAAUUAUCGGGAGCACCUUAACCAUGUUUGGCGAAGCAUGUCUAUGUCCUACAUGCCUAAUGUGCCAGCCAACAUGGGAUUGGCAAUGCCAACUGCUAGCCAAAACAAUAUUAACACUAUGGGCUUGGCCGUGCCGCCAGAUCACAUGCGUAAUUUAAGUAAUUUGAACAUAAGCAAUAACAAACUGAACAAGCGGUACAACAAUGGAAAGACCAAGGAACUGGUGCCUAGACAUUGUGUUUUCUGUGAAAACAAUAACGAACCCGAAGCUGUGGUCAACAGCCAUACAGUGCGUGACGCGUACGGACGUGUGCUGUGUCCCAAGCUUCGCACUUAUGUGUGCCCCAUAUGCGGAGCAUCCGGCGACUCGGCGCACACCAUAAAAUACUGUCCUAAGAAACCCAUUGUCACAAUGGAGGAUGCCAUUAAGGCAGAGUCAUUUCGAUUGGCCAAAAGCAACUACUACAAGCAGCAGAUGAAAGUUUAAGAGUGGGAAAAGUUCUGGUAGCUUUUCAAGCGUUUAUAUAACAGUUGUAUAUACGCGUUCCACACUAAAACGGUCAAAAACAAGCUGCAAGAAUAAUGCGCCUAGCGCGAUCGAUUUUAUUAUAUUUUGUUUAGCACUUCGGUCAGUUUAGUGUAAUCAGUAACUAAACACGUUCAAACUUCAAAA